GAACCAGGCGGAACUGCCCACUUGUUUUGUUUGACUUGACUUGAAGUUAUAUAAUGCAUUAUUUAAAGGUGUGUUUCCGUGAAAAGAGAUGCUGAUUUCAGUCGGAAAUUGAUCUAAUUAGCACUCCCUCACGCCUAUCCCUUGCAAUCUAUGACGAGCAAGCUGGUGCCUGUGCAAUAACUAACCCACAACUUUGUUAUCUCUCGCAUGUCAGCUAAUCAGUCGGGCUCCGAACACACAGCACUGAUGGACGCCGUGGACCAACAAAGCGAGCUACCCAACUAUGGCACUGACCGGCAGACACGGCAGCGGCCCAACAAGCGCACCAGGUCCUCAGGACCUGCUCAGGGCACUGGCAAUCCUAGUAGGGACGAUCCUUCCCCGCCCACAUUGUCCAGGAGUCCAGGCCAGUAUGAUGACCGAGCCAGAUUGAAUGAUGGAACUGGCCCCAGUGGCCAAGAAAUGUAUGUGGAUGAGGAAGAAGAGCUCAAGUACGGUGCCAAACAUGUCAUCAAGCUCUUUGUGCCGGUUUCCCUCUGCAUGCUGGUAGUCGUGGCAACCAUUAGUUCCAUUUCCUUCUACACAACAAAAGACGUCUACUUAGUGUAUACACCAUUCCACGAGAAAAGCAGUGAUCCAGGAACCAAAAUCUGGAAUGCUCUCGCCAAUGCUGGCAUUUUGCUGAUUGUCAUAGUGAUCAUGACUUUCAUCCUCAUCCUCCUCUACAAGUACCGGUUCUACAAGGUCAUCCAUGGCUGGCUGAUUCUGUCCUCUUUGAUGCUCCUCUUCGUGUUUGCAUAUCUCUAUUUAGAGGAGGUUCUGCGAGCGUACAAUGUGCCAAUGGACUACUUCACGCUCGCUGUGAUCAUGUGGAAUGUUGGUGUAGUCGGGAUGAUCUGCAUUCACUGGAAGGGACCUCUGCGCCUCCAGCAGGCUUACCUGAUCUUUAUUGCGGCCUUGAUGGCGUUGGUUUUCAUCAAGUACUUACCUGACUGGACCUCCUGGGUUGUUCUGGCCGUUAUUUCUAUUUGGGAUUUGGUCGCUGUACUCACUCCUAAAGGACCACUGCGAAUCCUUGUGGAAACUGCCCAAGAACGGAAUGAGCAAAUUUUCCCUGCACUGAUUUACUCCUCCGCUGUGGCUUACACUGUAGUUGGAAUGGCUGAUCGUGGGGGCGAAGCAACUGGAGAUGAGACAAGACCAGCAGCAAGGCAGGCCCAGAGGCAAGAGCGGGGCCAAAGUGGAGCUGGCGAUGAUAAUGGUGGAUUUUCCGAGGAGUGGGCAAAUCAGGUGACUCACGCUAUCAAUACUAGGGUGCUGGCUGGCCAGCCAGGUAACUACACUGCCUCAACAGAGAACGCACCCCAGCAGCAUGGACCUUUUAUGGAAGCUGAUGAUGAAGAGCGUGGUAUCAAGCUGGGACUGGGAGACUUUAUUUUCUACAGCGUUCUCGUUGGGAAAGUUUCGUCGUACGGAGACUGGAACAUGACUCUCGCUUGCUUCAUCGCAAUCCUAAUUGGCUUGUGCCUGACCCUUCUACUGUUGGCCAUUAUCAAGAAGGCGCUGCCUGCCCUUCCCAUUUCCAUCACUUUUGGCUUGAUCUUCUACUUCUCGACUCGAGAAAUUGUCAAGCCUUUCACUGAUCUCCUGGCAAGUGAACAAGUUUUUAUUUGAUUUGCUUUAUUUGCUCUGUAAUGAGACUAGGAUGUUCUGUGGUUGCUGUAAUGCCUGACUUUAAUUUUUUAAUUUAAAUAAUAUGUAUUUGAUCUUAAUUUAUUCAAGAUUUAUUGAUAUCUUUUUUUACAACGUUAAAUAUCUCAACACUUAUCCAUCAAUAAUUUAACUAGCCCUAAAAUAAAUAAUAAACAGAGACGUCCAUAAUGUACUUUGAUA